AUGGAAGUCAAAGGAACAAAUAACAAUGCACCAUUAUCAGAAUCUACAAUUCAAGCACCACGCUUAAGAACAUGUUUAACUCACAAGCCCUCAACUAAUGAAGAAGAAAUUCUAAAACAACUUGAAAAAUAUAAAGAUUUUACUGUGCUACUCACGAAUGUUCUUAAUAAUCUGGUUGAAACAUAG